CCCCUCAGCGGAGCUCCUCUGCUCUGCGCGUCGGUCGGGAGUCACUACAGACACACACAUACACACAGAGCCAUGGCCGAAAACGCCGGCUUGGAAAACCAUCGCAUCAAGAGCUUCAAAAACAAGGGGCGAGAUGUGGAGACGAUGCGAAGACAUCGUAAUGAAGUGACGGUAGAACUGAGAAAGAACAAAAGAGACGAGCAUCUCCUGAAGAAACGAAAUGUUCCACAGGAAGAGAGUCUGGAAGAUUCCGAUGUGGACUCCGACUUCAAAGGGCAAAAUGUAACGCUAGAUGCCAUCUUACAGAAUGCCACCAGUGACAAUGCAGUUGUCCAGCUCAGUGCAGUGCAAGCAGCCAGAAAAUUGCUCUCAAGUGACAGAAAUCCUCCCAUAGACGACUUGAUAAAAUGUGGAAUCCUUCCAAUCUUAGUCAAAUGCCUGGAGAGGGAUGACAAUCCUUCAUUGCAGUUUGAAGCUGCCUGGGCUUUGACCAACAUUGCAUCAGGGACGUCUGCACAGACACAGGCUGUGGUCAAAUCCAAUGCUGUCCCAUUGUUUUUGAGACUUCUCCACUCUCCUCAUCAGAAUGUGUGUGAGCAGGCCGUGUGGGCGCUGGGAAACAUCAUUGGUGAUGGACCUCAGUGUCGAGAUUACGUCAUCUCGCUCGGUGUGGUCAAACCUCUCUUGUCGUUUAUUAAUCCUUCCAUCCCCAUAACCUUCUUGAGAAACGUUACCUGGGUCAUUGUCAAUCUGUGCCGAAACAAAGACCCACCCCCACCCAUGGAAACAGUGCAAGAGGUGAGGAGUAUUCUUCCUGCCCUCUGUGUACUCAUAUAUCAUACAGAUAUAAAUAUUCUGGUAGACACUGUGUGGGCUCUGUCGUAUCUGACAGAUGGAGGUAAUGAGCAAAUUCAGAUGGUAAUAGACUCAGGUGUUGUCCCCUUCCUUGUCCCACUGCUCAGCCACCAAGAGGUCAAAGUUCAGACCGCAGCGCUGAGAGCGGUGGGGAACAUUGUAACCGGGACGGAUGAGCAGACUCAGGUGGUGCUCAACUGUGAUGUCCUCUCUCACUUUCCCAACCUGCUCACACACCCCAAAGAGAAGAUCAACAAGGAGGCAGUGUGGUUCCUGUCCAAUAUAACAGCAGGUAACCAGCAGCAGGUGCAGGCUGUAAUAGAUGCUGGUCUCAUACCCAUGAUCAUUCACCAGCUUGCCAAGGGUGAUUUCGGAACACAGAAGGAAGCUGCAUGGGCCAUCAGCAACUUGACAAUAAGUGGAAGAAAAGAUCAGGUGGAGUACUUAGUGCAACAAAACGUGAUCCCGCCCUUCUGCAACCUGCUGUCAGUGAAAGACUCUCAGGUGGUCCAGGUGGUUCUUGAUGGACUGAAAAACAUCCUCAUCAUGGCUGGGGAGGAAGCCAGCACAAUUGCUGAGAUCAUUGAAGAGUGUGGAGGAUUGGAAAAAAUCGAGAACCUACAGCAGCAUGAAAAUGAGGACAUCUAUAAACUUGCAUUUGAAAUCAUCGAUCAGUACUUUUCAGGAGACGAUAUUGAUGAGGACCCCAGCCUGAUUCCUGAGGCCACCCAGGGAGGCACAUUUAAUUUCGAUCCAGCCUCCAACCUUCAAACCAAGGAGUUCAAGUUCUAGACAACCAGAGCUUCGAACUCAGGAACGGUGGGUUUCCCAGCUGCUCCUCAACCCCUGCCACCUACUGACCCAUCAUCUACCAACCACUCACUAACCAGAAAAAACAACCAAUCACCACGCUCAAACGACACUCGCUCACACAGAAGAAAAUAGCACUGAAGGUUCUGAGUACCUGUCUCAACGCCACUCAAAACACGGAUGGAUCUCAACAACCUCAAGACAUGGAAGAGAAAAAAAACAAGAUUAUACUGCAGUUGCCAAAAAAAGAAAAGAAAAAAAAGAGAUAUAUUUUGCUCUUCUUUCACUCACUCACACACAUAGGUGAGCAUGAACAAUAAUAGGAACUUCUGUUGUUGUACCAGCCAUCAUAUCAGCCAAGGAAGAUGAAAGAAAGAGAUGUUCCUGAAAUAAAAUAAAAAAGCAGGGAUUUUUCUUUUUUUUCCAAGAAAUUCCUUCCCUCAAAACAUUGCAUUUCUGGUGAUGAUCUUCGAGUCUCAGACAGACGUCCAGCCUCUACUGUGUUAAGCCAUUUGGACCCCCUCCCUCAUUCAUCUGAAUCUGUGACCUAGCCUAUAAUGGGUUAUUCCAUGGAAUAUAAUUCAAAUGGGGGAAGGGAGUGUCUCUAAAUAUGUGGUGUGCAAACAGAACUUAAAUUAUCGCCACAAAUUCUUGCUUUUUCUUCAGCCUGAAAUUAUGGAUAUUUAAAAAACAAAACACUGAAGAUAAUGAAGAAAAAAAUUGUCAGCAGAUCACACAAACUUAAAUGGAGAAAAUCUCAUCUGAGACGGUCAAGCACCCUCAUUUUGAGUUAUCAAGUUCUGCAGCGAUAGUGUAGUGGACAUUCAUUGUGCCGAUCUUUUUGGUUUGCAAUUGGACUGUCGGAUGUGUCAAAGGAGGAUCCUAUUUGAGAUGAUCAUCAGUCCCAACCUUUGGAAGUUCAUUGAGAUCACCUUAACAGGUCUUUCUGCUUAACAAGAGUGCUCUGGCAGCGCUCUUUAUUUUCUGGAUUCAGCUUCUCUACUUCCUGUCUGUAACCAUAGUAAUAAGUUCUUUGGGACGAGCCCAAUUGUAACCGGUUGGAGGAUAUUUUCACUAAAUCACUAAAUUCAGGACUCGGUAGUCAAAACCACAAGGAACUUUGCAACAGUGAUUGGAUUGUGAAUUCUUUUUUUGUUUUGAUCAGUGGAGCUUCCGCUUUUGCAGUUUUUCCAGUCUUACGCGCACACACUUUUGGGUUGUUCCCGUUUUAUUGCUUAAUGUAAGUGGAGAGCGAUGUUCGCUUAAUUUUGACUAUACAAGCAAUGGGAAAAGGAGAUCCAUGACAUUGUGGGUCCUUUUUUUUUUUUUUUAAGUUUGUUUUUAAUCUUAUUUCACUUGCUACAAAACCUAAUCGUACCAACUAAAAAUAUAAUUAUAUUUCUUGUUUAGGUAUAUAAUGAGAAGCUACCACACUUAGGUCCACUAGACGUUGUUGGGACGCUACAGAACAAUAAUAACAUUGUGAUUAUUGAUUUACAGCCAUUAGGGGUAUCUCUUUUGUUUGUUUGUUUUAACUUUUUUGUUUUGUAAUGACAAAUGAUUGCCAUUAUUUGGAAAAUGGGCUUUCUUACUGUUGUGACUGGACUUUAUUUUUUUGUUCUUUUUCCCUGUGCAUUAACUUGUAAAGGGAUGUAUGGGGAAAAAUUGCCGUUGGACUAAAGUAGUUGUGUUUGGGCCGCAAACUGCUGAAAAGACAGUAAGGAAGCUAAAGGCAGCCCUGAUGAUUUUUGAAUUAGCCAUUUAUUGUUGAACAAAAAGAAAAAAAAACUGGUUUGAAAUUCAUGGACUUAUCUAGACAACUAGAAAACGAGCCACUUUAAAGAAGUUUUGUCUUGUAUCAGAAAUGGAUACAAGCGUAUUGCUUGUUGCAAGAUUUUUACUUGCUGAAGAAAAAAAUUAAUCUAAAAAAAGCGACAGAUCGCAUUUUGGCCUCUGAUUGUUUGUAUGUUUUUAUAAAUUUUAGAACUGAAUUUCUCUUUAAGGUGGCUCAUCAGUAUUUUUUUUUUCAACUCUUGUGCAUAUUAAAGAUAAAGAAUGAGUUGAAAUUCA